GUCGAAGCCAUCGCAGGGAGGGCGUUUCGAGCCCCGAGCCAAUCAUUUUGCAUGAGAGAAUGAAUGAGAAUGCUCAGUCUAUCCGGAAUUUUGUCAAUCUAAGCCACACUCCCCCACCGAGUGCCCGAUGACCAGCAGGGCGGAAAUGACACCGGACGAAACGCCUGCGCGGAAACUCCGCAAGGUGACUCGCGCGUGUGACAGCUGCAAGGCAAAGAAGAAAGCCUGCACGGGCAACAUUCCUUGUGGGCCUUGCUCCCGGCGACAUCUACAAUGCACCUAUGAAACGGCCUACAAUCGUGGUGUCGCUGCCAGCCCUCCGCCUUCUGAGGUGAGACCACAACAUUCCACACGCGACCAUGUCUCCUCCACGGCGUCCACCACUCCCCAGGGCACUGCGCCCGCCGUUUGGGAUCGUCCCUCAAGUCCCUUGGUAUCCCCGCCUUCCGUAUCGGAGCGGAGUGAGGAGCCUUUAAUCGAGAGCUCCGAUCGAAGAGGAGACGCACAUGUGGCCGGCCAAUAUUGGGGACCCACUUCGGCACAUUCUUUUUUGGGAAGAGUGGUGCAGGAUCUGGAUACUAAUAGCUCGAGGUCGGUCGCGCAAAAUCGAGAUCAGGUUCAGUCGUCAAACGUGUCGAUUUUCUCCUUCGGGGACCGCAUCGUGCCUGAGGUCCGGCUAGCCGAUUUCCGAUGGCCCAGUCGGGUCGUUGCAGAUCGGUUGGUGUUUCGAUACUUUGAAUUUGCUGCCCCGACAUAUCGGAUACUUCAUCAGCCUACCGUCGAAGAUCUAUUGGAUCGGCUGUAUCGCGACGUGCCUGAACAUGAAUUACCGACCUGGAAUGUCCUCGAAUCGGCACCCCAAGCCAUUUUGCUAAUGGUAUUCACAACGGCGAAUAUGUUUCAGGCUGAUGAGGACGGGCGAAUAAGAGAUGCAGACGAACGCGGCUGGGAAACGAGCGAGCUUUAUUACACUCAGGCAAACCACUUGCUCUCGCGCGAAACCGGUGAACCUAGCCUAGCCUCUGUCCAAGCGCGCUUCCUGAUGGUCUUAUACUUUUUAUGCACGUCACGAGCGCGUAAAGCGUGGUUUACAUUCGGCACGACGGUACAACUGAUGAUGGCGCUCGGUAUGCACAGUAAGCGACCGAGAAGAUCAGCCGAGAAAGAGGAUCUAGUACAAAAGGAAUGCCGACGUCGGGUGGUUUGGUGCUCGUAUACACUGGACAAAUACCUGAGUGUUAUUCUGGGCCGCCCACGCCUCUGGCAGGACGAUGAUAUAGACGAGGAGUUGCCGACGCGGAUAAACGACCAGGAUUUAACCAGCCACGAGUCACGAACAUCGAGGCGAGAUUGCCUGAUGGAUGCCCCGGUAUUCCAUACCAAGCUUGCCCAGAUUCUUACUCAAGCGGCCAGGGCGCCAUAUGUGGUGACAGGAAUCUCUAGCAGGGAGCAGAUCGGUACGAUCCAAAUCCUGUGCGGACUAGUCGGAGACUGGCAAAGGGAAUUACCUCCGUUUCUAUCAGGUGCUAUUCAACCGAGUACACUGAUCCCGGUGUUUCGACGACAAUUGACCGUACUACAACUGGCUCGUUACCAUGCACUCAUGUUCAUCACACGGCCUCUACUGCUGCGAAACUAUGGGCGAAUGUGGCCUGAUUGCGAGCCCAGCUAUCAGCAUUAUCUUAACGUUUGUCUGGCAGCUGCGCGGGAUGCCAUAGAAAUGAUUCUAUCCUUCGUCUGUGAAAACCAGUUCUUUCCCGCGUUCUGGUAUUCCCAGUACAUCGCAUUUAAUGCUCUAUCGAUCAUGUACCUUUAUCUCAUCCAAGUCCAAAGAGGAAGUAUACCUCCGGCCACUCACCGCAUCGUUUCAACCCCGGGUAGUACGUAUGAUUGUGCGCUCGAGGAGCCUGCCCUUUAUCAGCUCUCGGAAACAGCACAGGAACAUCUUGCUCAUGCUACUGCUCGGAAUGCACCUUCCUGGAAAUACAGCGCGAUUUUGCAGGGGCUUCGACGUGAACUUACCCGACUGGGGCCGUCUAUACUUGAUCUGAAUUGCGCUGGUCUCGAACAAGCAGAUAGUCGGCCUGGAAUGAACCAUCAGCCUAAUCCUUCGACUGUCCAUCACAGCCGUUUGAACCACCCGCAUAAUAGUCUGGAUGCUGUUACAAUAGAAAACCUCACAGGAUCCCAUGGGACAUCAACAAUGCUGCCUCGGCCAAACCGACUGGACGAGUCAUUUACGCUUGAUGCGGGCACCGAAUCUCUGUUUGAUAAUUUCGCGAUCGGUGAAGAUUUGAACCUUGACUUCUGGCCUCAGCUUGACAGUCUACCAAGUAAUGUUCUAGGAUAUUAGAGAAGAGCGUUGAAACAAAAAUGCGACGUGCAAUGCUUCACGCUAUAUAAUUAUCUAUCAAUCUUCC